CAGGGAGGGGUGGCGCGGGGCCUGCUGGGAGCUGUAGUCCCCGGCAGCGCCGGGGACAUUCCUUCAUCCCUGGGACGGGAAAGGCCGCGAACGGACGGGCCGGAAUAGAGCUUUGUGUAGCUGAAGGAAAAUGAUGGAAGAGAGUGGAAUAGAGACAACUCCACCUGGCACGCCCCCACCAAGCUCAGCAGGGGCUGCUGCUGCUGCAGCACCUGUCUCAUUAGCUUUGUCCAGUCCCCUUUCUACACCAGGCAUGUCCUCUUCUCCUGCAUAUUCACCAUCCUUGCCAGCUGGAUUGUCUCCAAUUCCUCCUCCUCCUCCUCCUCCUCCUCCUCCUCCUCCUCUGACUUCGGCUUCUCUCCCACCUGUGCCUUUUGCAACGAUUUCUUCUCUUGCACCAUCUCAAAGUCCUGCCCUACCUCUUGCUUCCCCUUUAACCUUUAGUACCCCCACGUCCCAGUUCUCUGCUCCUCCUGCCGUCAAGUUUACUGCUAGCCCUGGUCUUCCUGCACCUCCCACUGGUCCCCCCAUUUCAGGUUUUUCCAUGUCCUCAACCUAUGAUAUCACCAGGGGUCAUGCUGGUCGAGCACCGCAGAGCCCACUGAUGCCUUCAUUUUCUGCAACUCCAGUCACAGGAGGUGUUUUGGCUGAUCCCAUCACUCAACAAGCAACUUUCUCAUCAUCUUUGUCUCCUGGGGUUGGCUCUGCAAUCACUUUUCCUGAGGAGCAUGAAGACCCCAGAGUAUCUACUGCCCAUGGUGGAGCACCUGCUGGAGGGCUGUGGGGGUUUAUAAAGGGUGUAGCUGAGAAUCCCAUGGUGAAGUCUGUUCUUGAUAAAACCAAACAUUCAGUGGAGACCAUGAUCACAACACUGGAUCCUGGCAUGGUUCCCUAUAUCAGAACUGGGGGAGAACUGGACAUAGUGGUCACUUCUAAUAAAGAGGUAAAAGUGGCAGCAAUUCGGGAUGCCUUUCAAGAAGUCUUUGGAAUGGCUAUUGUUACUGGAGAGGCUGCACAGUCUAACAUUGCACCCCAACCUGUGGGCUAUGCUGCAGGUUUAAGGGGAGCACAGGAAAGGAUAGACAGCUUGCGUCGGGCAGGAGUCAUCCAUGAGAAACAGCCUGUUGUAUCCGUGGAAAACUUCAUUGAGGAAUUGCUUCCUGACAAGUGGUUUGACAUUGGAUGUCUGAUUAUUGAGGAUCCAGUUCAUGGAAUUCACCUGGAAGCAUUUACCCAAGCAACACCAGUACCUUUGCAAUAUGUUCAGCAGGCCAAGAGUCUCACUCCUCAGGACUACAAUCUGAGAUGGUCAGGCCUGCUGGUGACCUUGGGUGAGGUGCUGGAGAAGAGUGUUGUGAACGUGAACAGGACGGACUGGCAUGUGGUGUUCACGGGCAUGUCCCGCCGGCAGAUGAUCUACAGCGCGGCCAAGGCCCUGGCAGGGAUGUACAAACAACAGCUGCCACCCACGACCAUGUGAGAGUGGCUGGUCUGUCACAGCAAGGAGUACUGGGCUUGGUUCUGGAGCUAAUAUGAAGGCUACACACUCGCAGUGUAUGCAACACAGAUUUGUAAUCUUAACUCUAAACUGCUUCUACUUUUUAAGAAGCGAAGGUGAUUUCUGGUAGUGGAAGUGAACAAUUACAUUUUUUGGCUAUUAUAUGAUUUCCAGUAUGAUUCACAAGGCAGGAAAUUGAGACAAAUGCAUAUAUUUAUAACUGGUACAAGUAGCAUUACAAUUUUUCAAGUGUAACAUGCUAUGAUUUGACACCUUACUAGGCAUUUGCUGAGAUACUUUAGUUAGUAUACUUUUGAAAGGGGAUAUUUGUUUAGCUGUUUCUAUUAUAUUAGUAAUAUAAACAUGUUGACAGCAUAACAUGUAUGUUAUAUAUAUGCAUUUCAAUCCAGAGAGACUACCUUCUGUAUUACAUGUUAUACUGGGGCACGUAUUUAGGGGAUACUUAAGACCUCAUGAGUUUGGUGUCUGUAUAUAGUUCUCAGGAGUGAUGCCAAGUAGUUUCUACAGCACAUAACAGUGAGGUGCUGAAGAGCACAAAUCCAUGCCCUGUUAGCUGAAGUCUUUGCUAAAUAGUUCUGAAUUCUCAUUUUCCAUGCUGCAUCUUUUUUUCUUUUUUAUGUAGCAGUAAUGAAAUUCGUGGCCAGUUGAAACACCACAGACAAAUUUCGAGUUGCUUCAGUGGGUUUUAUAUCAGGUACCACAUAUGCCACAUGAAAUCAUCUCAGCAGUUUCAAUAACAUCGUUUACUCCAAUGCUUCCAAACUUCACAUUUUAUAUGGAAUUACGUAGUUUAUCUAGUUACAGCUGUCAGCAAUUUGAUUAUGGAAAAUGGUGAUGUGUGUAUCACUUGCUUUGCUAGCCUGGGUUUCUUAAACACUUCGGAGUCUUAAAUGCUUUCUUGAUGUCAUGAGCUCACUGUCUCUCAUAUAA